AGCGAUGUUGAAGGUCUGAGGAGGAUCACGAGGAGGGGAGAGUCGGUUAUCGAUUUACGAGGCUGACAGGAAUAAUCCUCGGACGCCUCGGGGGACCAAAAAUGGGCGGUCGUCGCAGCGUCGAGCGCUCGUACCGCUGGUUUAAAUGCAUAGGAGCUCGUGCUGUUGAAUUCAAUGAAAUGAUACCAACCCAAAAGGACUCGUGCUGCUCGCCCAGUCCGUUGGCUCGGGGACUGAGCUCGCGAGCGCCAAAGUGGCUGCCUCAGGAGCGCCUGUAUCGUGAGUGGUGUAGCGUGAGCAAGGCUGCGGCUUCAGUCCAUGAGAUGAGCUGUGCCUUCGUCCGUGAGACGUACGGUGGCCGCGACUGUUGGCCGCCAUGCGCCACCGUGUCCAUCGAUUAUCGUGCGCUGUUCAUGCCAAUUGAGUGCCAUGCAAUGCUCGCGUGCACAAGCUAUCCGCGCCGCAUCUGGGCACUGCACUGUUCCGCGGUAUUAGGCUUUGACAAUCGUACUGGGCUUCGAAAGCAACGCGUACCUCGUAUGAACUCCCGCCAUCUCUGUCAGGCGAUGAGAUAGCGCAUUGUUAGGCGACGUGGCGAUAGCGUGUUGCAGGAUAUCGCUUCGGUGUUCCUGGGAAUACAGUGCAGACCGCGAACGGGAGAAGCGACACAAGCCAUGAAUGGGUGAAGCGACGCAAGCC